CAAAGUUAAAUUGGAAACAAAACUCUUUGGUCUUUAUUUAGGGUUAGGGUUAACUUUAAUUAAAAUGCUUAGAUCCAUUUUAGAAGUAGGCGGUAGGUAUGAUUUGCGUGUCUAUAGAAGUUAGGCCGAAAAUUGGUGAAACAUUUUAUAUAAAUAUGAAUGUAUUAGCCCUUGUAAGAGUAGUUUCGUCAUCGAUCUAACACAUUACAAUAACGACAAAAACGACAUCAGGAUAGUUUAUUGCCAACACCGCAGCUGCGGGCCUAUGAGAGCAACGGCGGACUGUUCAUUUUAGGGUCUGGAAAUACAGUCUACGUCUUCCCCAUCAGUCGAUGUGGCUUCCGCUUCUAAAGUUUGGGAAGUGAAACAUUUGGUAUUUUUAUCCGUCCGUUUCCCGGCGGUAUUCCUUCAACAGCUUGACUAACCCUACCGAUUUAAAGAAAUAAUCAAUAUGACAUCUAAUUCCAACCUGUCCAACAUGCGUCGACUUGUAGAUCAACUUAAGCUGGAAGCCAGCGUGGAACGGAUUAAGGUGUCCCAGGCAGCCGCUGAGCUCCAACAGUACUGCCUCCAGAAUGCGGCUAAAGAUGCUCUGCUGGUAGGGGUACCCCACGGGAUCCAACCCUAGGAACCAAGAUCCUGUAACCUAUUCUCAGGACAGCAAAACAUCAGAAUCAUGCAAAGGAAGACUUACAUUGGAACCCAAAAAAACGACUGACAAGGGAACUGCUGGGCAUUAUUUUUUAGAUACAUGAUUGGUCUUUAAAAACAUAUGUUGUGACAAUAUAUUUUGAAUAUGGAGCAUCAGUUAUUGUUGUUGAAUCUAACUAUAUCUAUUUUUUGUUUCUGGUUAACAUACUUAACAUGGAUUUGCUCUCAUACCAGUGUAGUGGGCCCGACACUAUAGUCUCACAUUGUUUAGGGAAUGCUUUGGAUUGCAUUCUAACACGACUGAGCAGUCUUCAUUUCCUGUUGUUGUUAGUUAAUGGAAACUGGUCUUUGAGAGGAAGCUAGAUCUUACUGUUUAAGCAAGAUCUGGAAUUCCAGUACAUUUCAGUAAUUUCUUAUACUUUCAAGUAAUUCACAUCAGACAUUUUGCUGAGGCGGAGGAACUCAACAGGGGAAAAUUGAUUGGUGUCUUUUAGUAUCAUGGAAAAGUUAGAACCAAUUCCAAGACGGCAGCCUUUCCAACCUAUAGAAAGAGUUUUCCACCACUACACCCCACAGUCUUAGCAGAAAUAUGUCCUAACCACAGGAUGUUACUGUGGUUUGUAACUUCCGCUUCCAUUCAUUCUAGCAAGUUAGUGUCCACAACAGGACUUUAUUCCCAUUGUAGUGUACUACAUUCCACCUGGACCGUUUGAGCUCCUGUCACUGGUAGUGUGCUACAUUCCACCUGGACCUGUUGAGCUCCUGUCACUGGUAGUGUGCUACAUAAGGAAUAGGGUGUUGUUUGGGAUGUAUAGCAUUAAAGGCAUACUUUGGUCUUUUAUCCACUUUCAUCCAGAAUGAGAUGCCUGCGUGGAUACCACGUUUUGGUCUCUCCUCUUGUAUCAUAGAGGUUAGAAGAAGAGGUUUGGCAGCCAAUGCUAACUAACGUAAGCACAAGGUAUGACUCUGGGGAAGUAGAUGCAUGGCUUCAUGCCCCCAUAUAAAUCUUUUGUUAAUGUUACAACAAGGAGACCUACUUUUUUAGAUUGUAAAAUAUCUUCAAUAAUUUAGAUGUAUUAAGCUAAAUUAAAUAAGCUAAAUUCUGUCAAUGUGGUUAGAGAAUGUAUCUUGGUAAAAUGUGUUAAGUUAAUAAAGGAAGUAUCACUAAA